GUUUAAAUUUAAAUUCUCAAAACUGAUAAAAACAAACAGUAUUUGAAAUUCAAAUAAAAAUAAUGAAAUGGCGAAUUAUAAUAUGAUAGAAAACUUAUCGAAGCGGUUAAAUGUGGAUGAUACAUUUACAUUAAAAAAAUGCCAAGAAUUUUUGAGGAUAUUACAAACUAAAAACACACUCAAAUUGUCAGAACAAGUUCAAAUAAUAAUUUGCCUUGAUAUAGCUACCAAUAUUACAGGACAAGUAUUCGACAAGGAAACUGCUCUACAAUUAUGCUCUCUAAAGAAAUCUGCAUAUGAAAAUAAUCGUCAUAACAUUUUGAAGGUUUUAAACCUCGACAAACCUAUUAGUAUUAGUGAGUUAUGUGUUAAAUUCAGUUGUACUCAUUUAAAGGAUGAAGCUAAUAAAUUAUAUUCUUGUUAUAAGAAUAAAGAUAAUAAAAUCAAGGAUGAUGAACAUCCUCAAUAUGCAGCAGCCGCUGUUUAUACCAUUUGCAAAUUACAUAAUAUGAAGCCUCCAAAAUCUGAAUUCACCUCUAUUAGCCGUUUGAAACCUACCCAGUGGACAGCUCUAGCAACUGAAUUUGAAAAAUUUGCUCAAACUAUGGGCUUUCAAAAUAUUAAGAACAAAUCUAAGAAAAAACAAGCAGAUGAUGAGAAUCUCGAAGAAGUACCAGAAGCAAAUUCCAAAAAAACGAAGAAUGAGCUGAAGAAACAAGAAAUAGAAGACUAUGAAGUCUGGAAGGAAAGAAUACUAAAAAGAGCCAAAGAAUUAAUUGCAAAUGGACAUGAAUGAAUCAUUAGCCCCUUUGUUGAUUAUAUAAGGUUUUGAUUAUUAUUUGAAGUAAAUGCUAACUAUAAAA